UUUGGCUGUAGUAGUGGCCAAACAAUAUUGAUAUCGAAGUUUUCUGCUUAUUGAAUAUAAAUUGAGAUUAGACACUACAUCUUUUAGUUAGUUGGAAAGUUAUUCCAGAACAGUUGUUCUUUCUGAACCGGUAAAUAAACAUAAGAUCGCGGUAACGAUGGUAACUGUAGUUUCAGGCACUAAAAGUUUCGAUGACGUAUUUGAGGAACACUGGCACAAAAUAUUCUGCAUCACGCCAAGCAGAGAUCCACCCAAAUGUGAUCCCUCAGUACUAGAGUAUUUUGGAGUACUAAGUCUAACUGAUAUCCGAUCACCAGACCGCAAAUUGUGGUACAUUUACUAUUCCAAGCAACCAGAGGUCGAUGAAACCCUGAACCGUAUUUUCCAUAAAUAUGGCAAAAAGAAUAUGUGUGAAAUUUUCCGGAAACAUACCUUUAGUGGGGUUGGAUUGCGUGCCAGAGUGAAAGCUUAUUUUUACGAUAAGAAAUGGCAUGUGAAAGGCAAUAUACUAGAGGCUCCAGCAAAAACCUCCUGCAAUAGCGAUCAAAUGCUCAAAAUGAUCACAGAUCUGUACAAUGAAGAACGGAGAAUGCUUUAUGGGUUCUUGUGUAUGAAGCAUAAUGGAAUCAGGAAGCACUUUUAUUAAUGGGAUUCCUAUUUAGUAUUUUAAUAUUUACAAAAUCUGUGAUUCAUAUAUGUACAAUUAAAAUAACCAAAUACAUCUCC